CACUGUCCUACACAAUAUAAAUACCAAAUUAAACCCCACCUCACUUCACAAAAAGAUCCAGCAGUUUGAAGAGAGUCCACUUCCAAAAGAUGCAGAGUGAAGUGACGAUGGAAAGCGAGGAGUUGAAUGGGACACCGCUGAAAAAGGGGCCGUGGACGCCAGAAGAAGACAGGAAGCUGAUGGAGUACAUAGAGAGACAUGGCCAUGGCAGUUGGCGAUCUCUCCCGAUGCUUGCCGGUCUCAACCGAUGUGGCAAGAGUUGCCGCCUCCGCUGGAUCAACUACUUGAGGCCCGACAUCAAGCGAGGCAAUUUCACCGAUGAAGAGAAGCAGAUGAUCAUCAACCUCCAUUCCGUUUUUGGAAACAAGUGGUCGGCCAUAGCUACUCAUCUUCCAGGGCGUACUGACAAUGAGAUAAAGAACCUGUGGAACACCCAUCUCAAGAAGAAGCUGCUCCAAAUGGGUAUAGACCCAGUGACUCACCAGCCCAGAGCCGACCUCAAUAUUCUCUCCAACUUGCAACAAUUGCUCACUCUAUCCAACUUGCUCAAUAGCAACAAUCAGUUUGCUUCCCCUUUGGAAAUUAAUAAUGCUCUGAGGACGUUACACUUGCAGUUGGACGCAACACUGCUUGCUAGAAUCCAAUUGUUUUCGCAAGUUUUCAGCGCUACUGGUAAUGGUAAUCCACCACCCGUGAAUAAUAUUGAUGCGUUCCUGAUGAACUUGGCUGGCUCAUCUUCUUCUUUUUCUUCCGGUCACGAGCACCAUCUGGAGGAUUACUUGAAACAUAAUAAAAUCACAAAUGAAUAUUCCAAUCGGUUUGGAGCCGGUGAUGGAUUUGUAUCGUCUGGCUCCUUGUCUGCUUUGACAUCAUUCGAAGUGAAAGAGCCUCAGUUACCUUGCAAUUCCAUGUUGAACUCCGACAAUUAUCCGAUGCCAUUUGAAAAUUCAAUCCCUCCGCUCGCAUGUGCUUCACCGGGUAAUCGUGUUUCGUCCAUCAGUAAGACCGAGAAGAGCAAGAUGUACGAAAAUUCUUCAUCCACUUUGACAAUGACCUUCGAUCGGUUGGAGCUAGAAGCUAACAAUUGGGGAGAUCCUCAUCAGUUCAUGGAUGAUGAGGUGUCCGACUCCUUCUGGAAAGAACUCGUUCGGCAAUGAGUAAUCGUCUAUUCGUGCAACCAAAGACAGUCCUUUUUAUUCUGGAGCUUCACGCAGGGCAGUUGUUCUAUAGACGGGGAUUUGUAAAGAUUUUAAGAAUGUAACUUUCACAGUGUACAUUAAGUCAUGUAGGAGGUUUCUUUCUUCAUUUAUGUAUAACCAUUUAGGUUCAAGCUAGUUUGCAGUCACGGGAAUAUGGAACGCAGAACAUUGGAUUUCGAUUUUAUAGGGCCACCUCUGUUGUUUUGUAAUAAGACUCGUGUGGAUAUGUCUAUUACUGAACAAUUAUCUUUUGUGUUUGUG